CUGCCUACAUAUUAUUGUGUCUAUUCAAUUUCUUUAUGUUUUUGGUCUUUUUCUUUAGCUGGUUGAUUUGCUCUCAUCAUUUUUAUUUUAUUUUUAUAUUUUUAAAGCUUUUAUGUUGCAUUUUCUUCAAGUUUUUAACCAUGAUGAUGAGCACUGCUAAUAAGACUGGUACAUCUACCGGAAGUGUGGAAAAUGGAUGGUCCAAGUACGUCGUUUUCCUUGUGGGACCUGAGAAAGAAAAAAUGUUUGGUCUCAAAUCCCAGCUAAUCGCAAAGUCGCAAGCGUUCUCAGAGAUUGUCUACGCCCAAGAGGAAGUUGAGCAUCCGGAGUACGCUGCAGCCUCGUUCGGCAUCUUCCUUAAGUAUAUCAACUCUGACAACCUGUGUUUCGCCGAGAGUCAUGUUUGUGACCUACUGAAACUCGCAUUUGUGUACGAGAUUCCCCACAUAACGAACAAGUGCAGAGAAUUUGCAAAGGCAACCCUGUCACUGGAAAAUUGUCUAAAAUAUCACCUCUCCGCCAUGCUCUAUGAAUUGGAUGAUCUUCAAACUCUCUCGUUUCGUUUUAUGAUCAAACAAGGACCAGCAUUUCUCCAUCAUCCAAAUUUUUUAAAGUUGGAUGCCCUUACUUUGGGAAGCAUAAUAAGUAGGGACGAUUUCAUGGUUUUGGAAAUUGAUCUUUUUGUCCGACUUUUAGCUUGGGUAGAAGCAGAAUGUCAUCGCUUACACUACCCUUCAGACAAGAAAGAGUUUAAUCGUCGCGUAUGUGGAAAUCUUUUUCAACACGUCCGAUUCACCAUGAUGGGUGCAAAAGAGUUUAGCAAUGUGGUGAUACCCACAGAAAUUUUGAGUAAAAAAGACAUCGAUGCUAUUCUACUCAGACAUUCGACACCGUGGCAGCUGUGGCCGACUUUGCCCUCGUCGCCGUAUAUUGAACGACCACGUGUACUUCGACCCUUAAUAAAUGUUCCUCUUUACAACCAAGUUCAAUACAGUUAUCGACGGGUCCAUUGCCCAAAUGCACAAGAAAGUUUGAGGUUCCUAGCAAGUCACGACAUUUACUUGGCUGGGAUUGAAUUUUUUGGGCCAAUUUUAAACGGACCUUUAACAUCGUACAAAAUUAAAUAUCGUUUGGAAAAUGAAUUCAUGAGUUUCUAUUACAAGACACCAUCAGAAUCGGCAAGCCUUUUAACUGCGCACGAUUUUGAAGUGGAAUUCCCUCAUCCAAUGAAGAUUACUGCACAAAUUCCCUAUAAGCUAGUUGUCUGUUUGGAGGGUCAAAUUAGCCAGUUUGCUCUGUUUCCGGUACCACAAGCGGUAGUUAUGUACAACAACAAUCAAAUUUCCAUUCAUAUGUCCGACAACCAGAAAGAAACGUGGGGAUCGAAUUAUCACAUCAAUUUCAACAUGGACCAACAACCUGAAUCUCCAGGCAUUAUCAAGUCACUUCUUUUUCAAACCAUGGAUUGACAACGGAACUCAAUUUAUAAAGUCAUUAUAUUUUUCUCAUAUGUUAUCGGUAUCAUGUACACUUACGACUACUUUUAAUUUCUCAAAAUGGGGCAUUUGUCAGAAAAUGUCCUUUUAACUUUAACCUUAGUUGGUUUUAUUUUUAUUUUUGGUUUUUAACGCAAUGUUUUAAAUUAUGUUCGUCUGAAGGCAGAUACUUCUACUCUAAAUAGAAUAUACUCGUACAACUACACUGACAAUGUGCAUAUCCAGCGCAUAAAAAAUGUACACUGUCAAAUUAUUGGGAGUUUAAAAAAAUUAUUACCUUGUAUGUAGGCUAUUAUUUUGUAUGCAGAACUCGUAUUUGAAAUCGUCUCAGUGAUUUUGGUAAUGAUCAUGACUUGAGUAAAAAUUUUGCUUUUGAUACACCAAUUUAAAAUAUCCUGAUAUUAUCAAUCAUAAUGUGUAAAGUUUUUUGCAGAUCGAAAUUCAAUGAAAGAAUAAAACAUGUAUUUACCAUGUA